AUGGCUGCCUCCAAUGCUGCGUCUGCGUCGUCGGCCGAUUUUGCGACGGAGCAAACGAAAAAGAAGCGUUUCGUCUGGUCGGAUGCAAUGACCAGGCAUCUCCUAAACUUGUGGGAAGAUAGUCUAGGGGCUUUGAGAAGUCAAAAAAGGAAUGCUGUGAUUUACGACCGGAUCGCGUCAGCCCUAACCGAGGGUUGCCACGGUGCAACCUUCGUAGGUAAGCAAGUCAGAAUGAAGAUUGAGAGCCUGACGAAAGAAUACAGGGCACUAGCGAGGUGCGGAACUGGUUCGGCGGCAAUAACGUGGCCAUAUUUCCGCAAAAUUCACGGCUUUUUGGGGACACUUCCCGUCAAUGACCUCUCGCUAGUGGAAGAAAGUAUCCAGCUGCCUGAACUACAGCUACACUACUUCGUUUACACACAUCCACACAACAGCUUCAUCAUCAAGAACAGUGAAGUCAUGAACCAUAAGCUGAACCACUACGCAUGGGUCCCAGUUGUCCACGAGCCAGAGGAAGGUGCUGAGGUAGUUGCCUCUGCACCACAAGAAGUGUCGACUGAGGAGGAGCCACAGGAGAACGUAGAUCCUGUAGAACCACCACCCAGAAAAAAAGAAAAAAACCAGACCGUGCUGAUGCAGCUUCUGCAGCUUUCAAAAGCUGCAGAAAAAAGAGCUGCUAAAGCAGACAAAAAAGAACGGAAAAUGAGAAAAAGAGCCCUACACCUUCAGGAAGAGGCAAACCAGCUGCAGCGGGAAAUGCUGCAUAUGAUGAACAAUUAUUUUAAUGGAUCAUAA